CCCAUUUCUUCAUUAUCGUCUUGGUCGAAUUUUUUCUAGGGUUUUUUUUGUUUUUUUGUAGAAUUCGAAGAUCAAGAGCAAACACCAGUAGAGAGAAUUCUUCACUUGCUUACUUCAAUGGAUCCUUCUGCUUUAAAUUCUGCUGAACUGGAGCACUUCAUCACUCAAGAAAAGCAAAAGGCCAUGGUUAACGAAAUGGUGGCAAAGCUUACAAGCGUAUGCUGGGACAAAUGCAUUACUAGUACUCCUGGAAGCAAGUUCAGCUCUGGUGAAUCUUCUUGCCUUUCCAACUGUGCUCAGCGCUCUCUUGAUCUGAGUAUGAUUAUCAUGAAACGCCUUCAGUCGAUGAAUUCCAUGCCCUGAACACCAUGAACAUGGGCCGGUUGUCUUCGUUGUCCCAUUUUAUUACUUGUAGUCUUCUGUUACUUUUCAAUGGAAUUGUUAUCCUUUUUGUUACCCAAUGUAAACUUUUGCUUUUAGUCAUACAAUUUCUAGUACCCUAUUGCAAGGCAAAGAGCAUCAUGUUGGUUUGACAUCUAUUCAAACUGUGGUGUGUCUUGAAGGCAAAAGACCCACGCGACCAUAGCUAGUGGUUAGACAACAAAGGUAUAGUUAGUAGGCGGUGAGAAGGAUUUCAUGUCGAUUUCUAUGUUUAAGAUUGUUAGGCAUCAUCAGAAUUUCAGCUUUGUUCGGAAACUGAUUUUUGGAACAAUAUUUUGGUAUUUUUCAGUUUUGGGAGAGAUGGGUUUGUUCAA